CCUGAGGUCAAAGGUCACUCUGCCCAAGAUGGCGGCCCCCAUGGUGGAGCGUGGAGAGGACGCGUUCAGAACGUUAUUUAAGUUUUAUAGGAGAAAACAUCCCCCCCCGGAUCUGAGCAACGUCCUCGACUUCUCCAAAGGGAUAGUCUGUGACAAGGUUUUGUCAACUAAUCUAGAAGUGAGUGCAGUGAGCGAUGGCGAGGCCAGCAGAGCCGGUCUGCGACCUGUCAGGGACUGGAGAGCCUUCGGGCUGCAAGGCUGCCCAGGGUUCAUCUUCAUCGCCAACCCCUUCCUGCGCGGCUCCCAGCCCCACUGGCUGCGACGCUGUCUGAAGACCUACACCCAGAAGCCCAACGUGUGUAACCUGGACAUGCACAUGUCCCCCAACGAGACAGACGACAUCUGGGGCAAGAGCGCCGACACUCUCAGGAGAGCGCCCUGUGGGAAGAAGGAACCCAAGACGUUACUGGAGAAGCUUCGCUGGGUGACCCUGGGCUACCAUUACAACUGGAACACAAAGACGUACUCCGCGGAGCACCACACCCCGUUCCCCGCCGACCUCCAGCGCCUGUCCGGCCUCGUCGCCGCCGCCGCCGGCUUCCCGAGCUUCAACGCCGAGGCGGGAAUCCUCAACUACUACCGCUCCGACUCCUCGCUCGGGAUCCACGUGGACGAGUCGGAGCUGGACCUCAGCCGCCCCCUGCUGUCCUUCUGUUUCGGCCAGUCGGCCAUCUUCCUCCUGGGCGGCCCCCGGAGGGAGGACCCGCCCACGGCCAUGUACAUGCACAGCGGGGAUGUGAUGGUGAUGUCGGGCCAGAGUCGCCUCCUCUACCACGCCGUGCCGCGCAUCCUCCAGGACCCCCCUCCCCCCUGCGGCCUCGGGACCAGCCUGAGCAGAGGUCAGGGGUCACCGGAGCGGGGGGUCAGCGGGGAGGGGGGGGUCGACGGGGAGGAGGGGGGGGUCGGCGGGGAGGACUGGGCCGUGUGCUCCAGGUACAUCCAGAGCUCCAGAGUCAACAUGACGGUCCGUCAGGUGCUGGGACCCGGGCAGAGCUUUCCCGGGGUCCCAAAGGGGAGCGCCCCGGACGCAGAGGGAGGGGGGGAGGGGGGGGGGCAGAAACGGAGACGGAGCAGCUCCGGAGGAACAGAGUCUUCUGACACGUGAUGAAACGGCAGGUCGACCUAUGACCUGUUCAUAUGUAUAUGAUAUGUAAAUAUGUCCCGUUAUUCAUAUUAUUAUAAAUUGUAACAGAAUAAUAAACAAGUUCCACAAAUUAGUAUUGACUUCUUCACAUGUACAUUUAUUUUCUGUAUGAGUUUAUGUAUUUCAGACAAGUAAAAAAUGCAUUUGUAGAUCGUGAAAUAUCUGAAUAUCUAGGACAAAUAUCUGUUCAAAGAAGUGUCAAAUCACCACACACUGGUAUGAGCUGAUUAGCUGAUUUAUUGAGAACUACGUGUUCCGCUGUUGCUUCAUCAGGUUUUCUUUUCAAAUUCACAUGACACGAGGUGAUAUAGGUCACAUGACCUCACCAAUUAGUGCAAGACACCACCAACACUCCAAGCUCACAUACAAUACAGUCCAAGGCUCACACAUACAAAUAUAUGUGACAAAUAUCUGGAUUGCGGUACACGCAAUGUGAAUGGUUUUCUUUGGUUUAAAAAAAGAUAU